GCUAACCAAUUGAUCGCCCUGCGAACAGGAAGUACUUCCGGAUUCGUACUUGUGUAGAAAGCGGCUCGUCGAGAGAAACGUUCAUUCACCUAGGACGACUUAAGUUAUAUUCUACUAAAUCGUUUUUCUAUUAAUUUGCUUCGCCAUGAUUGAGCCCAAGAAGAGACCGGGGGACAUGGCUGUGGUUCCUGCCGGUGGAGUGAAGAGGCCCAGGGCCGAGCUGAUCGCUGCCGCACAGUCGCAACAACUCGUGGCAAUGGGCCCCCCCCGCAGCUCCAGCCUGCAGGCUCCCAUCAUGUUGAUGUGUGGCCAUGAGGGAGAGGUCUAUUGCUGCAAGUUCCAUCCUAACGGGGCCACACUGGCCUCGUCUGGCUACGACCGGCUCAUCUUGAUGUGGAAUGUGUACGGGGACUGUGAUAACUUUGCCACCCUGAAGGGACACAGUGGAGCUGUGAUGGAGCUUCACUACAACACAGACGGCAGCCUGCUGUUCAGUGCCAGCACAGACAAGACUGUGGGAGUGUGGGACAGUGAGACGGGCGAGAGGAUCAAGCGUCUGAAAGGUCACACGUCUUUUGUUAACUCCUGCUACCCUGCUCGCCGCGGGCCUCAGCUCGUCUGUACCGGCAGCGACGACGGAACCGUCAAGCUGUGGGACGUCCGUAAGAAGGGGGCGGUCCAUACGUUCCAGAACACCUAUCAGGUGUUGGCCGUCACAUUCAACGACACCAGCGACCAGAUUCUGUCUGGAGGCAUCGACAACGACAUCAAGGUGUGGGACCUGAGGCAGAAUAAGAUGAUCUACGGUAUGCAUGGUCAUGGUGAUUCCCUGACUGGCCUCUGUCUGAGCUCAGAGGGAUCCUACCUCCUCUCCAACUCCAUGGACAACACAGUGCGUAUUUGGGACGUCCGUCCGUUCGCUCCCAAGGAGAGAUGUGUGAAGAUAUUCCAGGGGAACAUUCACAACUUUGAGAAGAACCUUCUGAGGUGUUCCUGGUCUGCUGAUGGCAGCAAGAUUGCAGCAGGCUCAGCUGACAGGUUUGUGUAUGUGUGGGACACCACCUCUCGUAGGAUCCUGUACAAGCUGCCAGGCCACGCUGGGUCAGUCAACGAGGUCGCCUUCCAUCCCGAGGAGCCUAUUGUCCUCUCUGGCGCCAGUGACAAGAGACUCUACAUGGGAGAGAUUCAGUAGGACUGUUUGUGUGUGUUGUGAGUGUGAAUGUCCUGCCCCGGAGCCUUGUGUGUAUGGAUCCAGCCCCAAACUGUGUGAAUGAAAGGUACUUUUAUAUGCUUCUGUUUUAUUUAGUAACAUCCUCAGACUGUCAUUUACUUUAGAAUGUCCAGUCACAACAACCAACACCUGUUUUUUUUAAAAAUGUCUCUUAAUAAACUACGUCUGGGGAAAAAUA